AUGGAUGGCAGGGGGUCUCUGGAGUGGAGUAUGAAUGGUUGUCAUUACCCGUCACCACCGCCGGAGCGGGACAGGAGGUAUCAGCACAAAGUGUCGCUGGUGGUGCGUUACUUUAUGAUACCAUGCAACAUCUGCCUGAUCCUGCUGGCCAUGUCCACGCUGGGCUUCGCUGUUCUACUCUUCCUCAACAACUACAAACCACCUCACUUCACACCGGCACAGCCCCCUGAUGGUAAGUCCUCUGUGGUUUCUUCUGCUUGUUUGGGUUGA